AUGUCGGAUUCCGAUGCCAAACUAAAUGAUUUCACUUUUAUUCAGGACGAUGACGAAGUAGCGACAAUGCAAGCCGAAAUAAGAAUUACAGCGUGGACUGUUGAAAACAACGUUUCGUUUAACGCAAUUGAUAAACUAUGUGACGUGCUCCGAACUGUCGACUCAAAUUCAAAAAAUUUACCUAAAAUCAAACUCGGAAGGACAAAAGCCACUGCUGUAGUUGAAGGAGUGAUAGCUGAAGAACAGCAUGUGGAAUUGGUAGAAAUGGUGCAGCGCAAUUUCUCGCUAAUCGUCGAUGAGUCAACGGACAUAAAAGCAACAAAAACUUUGGCUAUGGUGGUAAGAAUGUGCGAUGAAGAUUAACAACGUAACAUUAAGGUACGUCGUGACGAGUUCUAUGCCGCAGUAGCACUUGGUGCUACUGAUCAUAGAAGUAUUUACAACGCGAUUAUUGACCAAUUUCAUAAGGACGGAAUUCCUUACAAGGAUCGUUUGAAAGGAUUUGCGUCUGACGGCGCUGCAGUGAUGAUGGGGGUCUCUAAUUCAGUAAUGCGUUUGCUGAAACUUGAUUGUCCGAAUUUAGUAGUGAUAAAGUGUACAUGUCAUUCAUUGGCAUUGUGCGCGAGCUACGCAUGUGAGAAAAUCCCAGAUAAUCUUGAGCAUCUUUUGAGAGAUAUAUAAAGCUACAUUUCCAAUAGUCCAAAACGAACUAGCGAAUACGAAAAGAUUCAGGAAAUAUUAGAACUUAAACCUCUUAAAAUCCUACAUCCGUCUGCCACCCGACGGCUUUCGUUGGAGGCUGUAGUAAGAAGGUGUAUUACUCGUUUUCCUGAGUUGAUUUUGUUCUUCAAAUUCUAAUAUAAUAUCGACAAAAACCAAACUGCCUGCAGAAUUUUAAAUUACCUUGAAGAUUCAAUGACCAAACCCCUGUUGCUUUUUUUGGUAUAUAUUUUGCCCCGAAUCAAUAGAAUUAAUCGCUUAUUUCAGGCUGAAUAACCUGAAUUUACAAUACUGCACGACGAACUUAAGGACUUCUAUCUAACGAUUCUUACUGACGUUUGUAAGGAAUCUUACGUAAUAUCCAUGUCGGAGGCAAAUACUGGUGAUUUCGAGAAAUACCUGAAAAGCGGUGAGUGCAUUUAUGUUGGAAUGGCAGCAGAUCAAGAAAUUUAA